AUGAAGCCCAGGGCAUGGACCUAUAAAUUUCCAAUCCCGAGAGGACACCGCAAUGUCAUCGCCUUCGUCUUCGAAAUGAUCAUGACCAAUAGCGAAUACUAUGAGCUAGCAGACAUGUUGUUGAGCGGACUUACCGCCACGGAGAUUGCUCUGGCAGCGCACCUGCUCGGGAUAACAGAGAAGUUCCUCUACGCCAACAAAUACCUGAACCCCCUCAGAGAGCAAGAUCCAUUCAUGAUCUACUUUGGGCCACUCAUCCAGAAAAAGCUCCGGGUCUUGAUACUUGGUGAGGGGGUUUCCGAAUUGAUUCAAAGAAUUCAAUUUCCAGCCGAGUACUGGAGCAGUCGAUUGCAGGAGGUAGAGACCAAUGGUGGAAUUAUACCUCCGCCUGAAAUCUGGAUCGUUGCAAUACCCCCCAACAAGCUCACGCAUGAUAUACCAACAAUGUCGGCGGCAUCUGAAGAGUCGUUUGACAUGUUAGUUUUUCCUGUGGAGAGUGAAUACAUGUUCAGAGACUCCAAUACGAGUAUGGCGGUGAUGUUGAUGAAAGGCACGGGUAUAUUCCUGAGAUUUCGGCAUCCUCAACCUGACACUCAAUGGUCAAAAUACCUAUGUACGACGGGGUCAAUCUCUUGUGAAAUUGAUUGGGAUGACCUGUAUAAAGACAUACAUGAAGGUUCUAGUCUCCCCUACAUCAACGCUUCAGAAGAACCCCACACGAUCAGGUUCUCCGAGAAUGACCCCACGGUGAAAUCCAAGUUGGAUAUUCAUAACGAAUAUGGCUCGAUGGUUCUGUGGAAGAGAUUGUACAGCCUUCCUCCAAAUUAUUUGUUCACUGGAAGGGCCUUAGACGACAACGGAAGGGAUAUGCUCGAUGAGGUGGAACUCGCAUUUCGGUUUCCUUUCCGAAAAAUAUAG